UAGGUAGCUCAGAGCGCAGGUCUGCAGUCUCUAAAUUUGAGGUUGUGUUGAGAGUCGAUUGAUUAUUUUUCGAAAAAUGUAUACAUAAGUAAUAAAUAAAUGUGGAAUCCGUUUUUGGAAAUGUGUUUGUGAUUAUUGAGAGAAAUAAAAAAUGUAUACGUUAAUGACAUGGGCGUAUCUCCUAUUAUUUAUAAAAUUCGUUCUAGCCUACAACCGUGAUGUAUUUACAGAGGAAUUACUUAUUAAACCUCUCUACAGCGAACAAUUGUAUGCACAUUUUCAGUUUACUACAAAAUGGAAUACUGAUCCAGAAACAGAAACAUUUAAUCAUACUCGUAUAUUUCCAAGAGCACUUGGUGAGAUAGUUAAGAGGUACAACAUACAAGAACUGCACGUCAGUUUAACAGGAGGCUUAUGGAGAUAUGAGAACUGGGGAUAUCCUAUAGUUGACGCAGCUCCUGGUGCUGAAGUUUGGGCGUGGUUUAAAUCCGAUACACCCGAUGUCGAUAAAAACUGGAAACUACUGGCUAAUUCACUGUCUGGUUUGUUGUGUGCAUCCUUGAAUUUUAUCGACUCUUCGAAUAGUAUUAGCCCUGAAUUUACAUUUCAACCAAGAGGCGCUACCGAUUCUCCCAGUAUAAAUAAUACUUAUUUACGGUACGCUAGUUUGCCUCGUGAGGUGGUCUGUACGGAAAAUUUAACACCUUGGAAGAAACUCUUACCAUGCGACUCAAAAUUUGGUCUAGCGUCUUUGCUAAAUUCGGGAUACAUACACAAUACACGAUACCAUUCCAUUGCACUUCACUUACGCCCCAUCUGCAGGGACAGCACGUGUCAAAGUCUCUCGCUAGAAUUGCAACAGUCAGUGUCGUUAGUGUACGAUUACUUGCUGUUAGGUUCUAAGAACUGGUCUUUGAAAAAACUUUUCGGGCAGGGAGUGUCGAAGAAUUGCCCUCUGGCAAGUAGAAGUGAUAUUUUUGUAGACACGACUAGUUCGGGCACCCACAGUUUCGAGUUAAGUCCUCCGCCUCAUGAAUUCGUAACUUCUUUCAGAGGAGGCCACGAAAGCACUUUCGCCAAAUACAAGGUACCUAAUUAUUUUUUCUUCAUAAGUGCAAAUUACAAGGAGCCGCAAAGCAUCGCGCUGUUAUUUCCUCCACCUUUACACGCUAAUCAGUACUUGACGGGUUACGGACAAGAACGCGGGGGUGUUGUCACUAAAAUUUUUAACAACCACUGGGCCCAUUUAGACGUGGUCGUGUUGCAGAACAUUCCAUGGUACGUUCCGAUUUAUUUACAUACCCUCAAAGUGGUGACGGACGGUUUGGAGACGAACCCCGUCACUUUGCGAUACAUUCCAGGCAGGCAGAGAGAACGGGCGUAUUAUUUAGAAAUUCUCUUGAAACUGCCGCCUCAGUCGUCUACGUCGAUUUCCAUCGACUUCGAUUACGUGUUCUUGAAGUGGCAAGAAUAUCCUCCGGAUGCCAAUCACGGGUUUUACAUUGGAUCAGCUAUCGUUUCCACGAACCUCCCACUCGCUAGAAACUACACUGGAUUGCCACAAGAUGGCUCCACUCUAGCUGACAGUUUUAAUGCGUCUCGAAGCGGGUAUUUGGUGCAAGUUCGCACCGAGACCAUGGUUAUAACCUUACCCACUCCCGAUUUUAGUAUGCCUUACAAUGUUAUCUGUUUGGCUUGCACUGUGGUGGCGUUAGCCUUCGGACCUUUGCACAAUAUUACCACUAGGAGGCUGGCGUUGAAGCCAAAACAGAAGGAGAAGCUGCCGGCGAAGUUGAAGAGGAUUUUGACCGAGUUUUUGAAAAAGUAAAGAAUGCGCAACUUUGUAAUGUUUUUUGGUAUUCUUUUUAUAAUUUCUUACCAAAAACUAGUCAUUUUGUUAAAUAAACUGAAAUAAAACAAGGAAA